AUGAAACCAUCCUUGUCCUUUUUCAUUUGCAUUACAGCAAUCUUUCUUGCCUUUCAUACCUGUAUCACAGAAUUUCUCAUCGCAUAUAUCAAGCGACAGGCUCCUAGCCUAUCACAGCUCAUUCUGACAAAAGCUACUGUCAGCCAAACAACCACCAACCUCAGCCUGGAAACCCCAAUUCCCAUAGUCUCUCCUAUUACCGACAUGGCCGUCCCCCGCACAAUUCGACAGGCGUUCCUUGCCAUCGAGCAAGCAGAAGGUGCAGGUGCACGCGUGCGCCGCUCUAUUGGAACCGCCAAGCUCCGCAAUUUUAGCCCCUUCCUCAUGCUUGAUCACUUCACUAUCGGCAAGGGUGCCGGCUUCCCAGAUCACCCUCACCGUGGCCAGGAGACCAUCACAUAUCUAUUGUCCGGUGGUGUUGACCACGAAGACUUUGCUGGUAAUAAGGGCACCAUUGGGCCUGGCGAUCUGCAGUUUAUGACUGCAGGUCGUGGUAUUAUGCAUGCCGAGAUGCCGCAUGAGAAUGACGACGGCAGCCCCAACGUCGGUAUGCAGUUAUGGGUUGAUCUGCCCCAGAAAUUGAAAUUCUGCGAGCCCCGCUAUCGUGAUUUGCGCGCUGCGGAGAUCCCGCUCGCCACAGUGGACGAGGGCCGUGUUGAGAUCAAGGUCAUCUCUGGCCAAUCACAUGGUGUUGACUCAGUGCGUGAUUUGGCAUACACCCCGGUUUGGAUCUUGGAUAUCACUAUCAAACCCGGUGGCCGUGUAUCUCAGCCCCUACCGCAAGGUUGGAACUCGUUUGCCUACACUUUGGCUGGCGAGACUGUGUUUGGCUCGAAUGACUCCACUCGCAUCGUGAAGGAGUUCACCAAUGUCCAAUUCGAGCAAGCUGGGGACUUUGUCGAACUCUCGGUUUCAGAUAACGCACACCAGGAUGCCCGUAUCUUCCUUGUGGCUGGCCAACCACUAGACCAAAAGGUUGUGCAGUACGGACCUUUCGUCCUCAACACCCAAGAAGAGGUCUACCAAGCGAUGCUUGACUACCAGACUGCAUCUAAUGGAUUUGAGAGGUCACGGAACUGGCAAAGUCAGAUUGGCAAGCGAAUGUCAUAA